GUGGGAAAAAACAGUGAAGAAGUGCACGAAAAUUAACGCAAAAAAUCAAUGGCCCCCCUUGCAGAGCAGCAGACAUGAGAAAUCCAAGCCCCGAGAGACCUUGAGCUUAGAUACUUUCCAUCGGGGUCUGCUCAGCCCUUUUUAACCCCACCUGGCGAAACGGACAGGUGCAUCUUCGACUGGGCUUCCGAAUGCCAAAUAUUAAGUAACCCAGACCAGUGUGCAUGUAUCAUACAUGCGCACAUCUAAUCAGUGGUUUCGCCAAAAGAUAAGGGCUCUGGUCUUUUCAAAGAGUUUACCCCGCAUUUUUCACAUUCAAACGCAGCUGGUUGACUGUUUCAGUUUCUGUUUCUGAUUUCCGACUCGGAGACCCGUGACUCAACCUAUCCGAUCCAAACCGAUCCGCUCGCAGCCCCAUCAUAACCAGCUAUAUCGUCAUAGCCAACGCAGGGAAAGCAGCCCAGAUCCAGCUCCAGACCCAGAUCCAACGACUCUGACCAGAUGAGCAGCGGAAUGAGGUCGCAGGACGGUCCGCGGGCGAAGGUCAAUGCCGCCAGCUCGCUGCUCACCCAGGAGGAAAAUGAAGCCGUCUUCAGGCUGCUGGGCAAGAAGUGUCAGACACUGAACACCGCCGUGGUGCAGAUCUACAAGACGGAGGGCAGUGCCCACGCCCACUGGAAAAAGCGGCACACCGGAGUCGCUUGCUUCGUUAAGGAUAGCGCCAUUCGAUCCUACUUCAUGCGCGCCUACUGCCUGAUCAAGAACGAGUUGAUCUGGGAGCACGAGAUAUACGAUGGCAUGCAGGUGGUCAAGUCGAGACCCUUCCUGCUCACCUUUGAGGGCAGUGAUGGUCAUGUAGGUCUAAACUUCGUCUCCGAAGAGGAAUGCGACUCGUUCUUUCGUAUUGUGGACGCCACCAUAGAGACGCGCAACCGAAAGCGCCAAGAUAAGCGCAACCGCCAGAAGAGCCAGCAGGCACCAAAUGCCCCAUUGCCUCCGGUUUCACGGGAGCCGGCAAGGCCACCGCCCAUGCAAGGCGGCAUGACCGCAACGGAUGGCGGAAACGUUCAGCUGCGAAAUAAUAAGAUCAACUCGGUGACAUUGACGCCAGCGCCGGCGCAAACGAAGAACUUUCUGUCGAGCAGCUUUGGGCUGGGAAGCCAGGCGAAGGACAAGAAGCGCAAGGUGACCAAGGCGGACAUCAGCCAGCCGACGAACUUCGUCCACGUCAGCCACGUGGGCUGGGAUGCCGACAAGGGCUUUGACCUAACUGGCAACGAGAACGACGAGGUGCUGAACGAGUUCUUCCUCAAGGCCGGUGUCUCCGAGUCGGAGCUUAAGGAUCGGGACACGCGCGCCUUCAUCUAUGACUUCAUUCAAAGCAACAACGUCCUGGCGUCGGUGAAGCAGGACAGCGUGGAAUCCCCAACGGAAACAACGCCUCCCAUGCCGCCGCCGGUGCCAACCCGUCAUCCCACUAAUGGCAACCAAAGAACUGCACCUCCGCCGCCGCCGGCGAGACAACCACCGCCUCCAGUGCCCGUCACUGUGCCGGGGGCAACGCGAGCGCCGCCACCACCCAGCAGACCACCACCCAUCAGUACCGCACCGCCACCGCCGCCAGUCAGCGCUCCCGUUGUAGCGCCACCACCACCUCCACCGCCACCACCGGCAGCGGUGCCACCACCACCGCCCCCGCCCAUGCCGGUGGGUGAGAUCCCCGUCAUCACAACCACGCAUGCACCUAAUCAAGCAGCCCGGCCGGCCGCUCCAGCAGCUCCAGCGGCUCCAGAUCCACGCAACGCACUAAUGGACGCCAUUCGCAAGGGAACCCAACUGAAGAAAGUGGAUGCGGCUGCACUCAGUACUGGCAGUGCCGACUCUCGCAGUGAUUUAAUGAAGGAUAUCCGCCAGGGCACCGUUUUGAAACCGGCCAAGGAACGCGAGCUGGGCAGCCAGCGAAACAGCGACAAUGGAGGCGGCACCGACGCCCUGGCCGAUGCACUGCGUCGGGCGCUGGCAGCACGCGGAAACGCCAUUCACUCGGACGAGGACGAGACCGAAUCCUCGGACAACGAGGGCGAGUGGGACUAAGGGAGCUACAGAUGACACGAUGCGGGGCAGCAAACACUAUUCCAAAUAUAAGCAAUAAUUUAGUUCGUGCUUUGGCAUUUUGGUUUAUCGUUAGAUAAAUCCCUGUAAAUACUGUUAGUGAAUUUUCAUACCUCUUUAAUUUAAUUGUACGAGUUUAACAAAACGCAAAAAGUACUAAAGGAUAACCACAAAUUAAGAAAUUGUAUCAGCAUUGCCCGCUUUCAUUUGUUCCGAAUCACAUUUGCAUAUCCAUAAAUCUGCUCAAUUAAAUAUGAACUAUACGCAUGUAUGUUAGUUCAGUAAUAUAUGUGGGUGAUUUUGCAAAACCCCGUUCAGACUACUGUGCCAAAAACUUGAGAACACCAAAAUGAAAAACGAGUUUGUGAAAAAUUAGAGAUUCACCUUAUCUGCGAACUGAACAACUGUAAACUGAGCGAUAUAAAUUUAUUAUAGUGAAUAUAUUUUAUAAAUCUAUAACAAACGAAAGGAUCAAACAAAAAUAAACUGUGACUACUCUUAAUAAAGCCACAGUUGAGAAUUAUUAUAAAUACACAAGUUUGAACUAAUAGAAUUGCCCGCAAUUAACCACAUACUAAAUUUGCUCAGUAAUAAUUCACUACUUGUUAAAAUAAUAAUUAACUAAUGUAAUAAGUGUGGCUAAACCAAUCAAAUAGGAGAUGAAUGCAACUUAUUUUGACAAGGCUUCCUCGGGCUCCGAUGCGUCCGCUAAAAGCUGUCUAUUACAUCCAGUUACUCCCAAUCGAUUAAUAACCUAGUAACUCAUAAGUAUUUUCAAUUUAGUUUGAGUGCAUUUAAUGCAAACUUGUAGUCAUUUUUCUUCUGUGUGUUUGUAAUUAAAUCAAUAUUACGUAUAUGUUUGUUUUUGUGACUAUUUUAAACUACUAAACCCAAUAAGCUUGUCAGAGCAGGAAAUUUAUGUGGAUCAGAUUUUGGAUUAUAUGUACGCAUGUCAAAAGAGUUUUGUGCGAUUUAUGUAUUUCAAUACAUAAUACUUACUUAUGCUAAUAUAUAAGCCAUUAAUUUAUGUAAUAAAGUUGUGUAUAUCUAACUUAACACUAA